CAAUUUACUCAAAGUACAAUAUAUGACUUCCAAUAGUCUAGAAGAAGAACUUUAUGUUACUAGAAUUCCAAAAGAUCCCAUAAAUUUGGACAUCAAACGAUUGCUUUUCAUAUUCCUAACCAGCCUCAUCGUCCACCUUUAUAAGCAAAGAUUCGAUCUUUAUUUUUGACAGGUUCCAAUCAAGAAGCAAAUCCCCUAGAAAGAACAAAAAAUGGCAGACUCUUCUUCAUCUUCAUCAAAAGUAAGCUUGAAGCUUCUGAUCGACACCAAAACAAAGAAAGUUUUAUUUGCAGAAGCCAACAAAGAAUUCGUUGAUUUCCUUUUCUACAUCCUUUCUCUCCCUGUUGGUACUGUGAUCAGGCUUCUAAGCAAGAACUCAAUGGUGGGUUCACUCGGAAAGCUCUAUGGCAGCAUCGAGAGCUUGAGCGAUACGUAUAUCCAGCCACACCAAAGCAAAGACUCUGUUUUAAACCCCAAGACCGUGAACUAUGGGGCUAAUGUCCCACUCUUGCUAACCGAUGAUGACAUCCAGAUGGAUCAGAGGUUCUACAAAUGUCAAUACUGUAAUUCAGAUCAUGUAACCAAUGAUCCUACUACUUUGUGUCCUAGGUGCAAAAACAGAAAAAUGAACUACGCGAUUGACUAUGUGAGGGGUAAAGGUGCAGAGAAGGAAACGGAGGAGGGUGGUGGUUUUGUGAAGGGGGUGGUGACUUACAUGGUUAUGGAUGAUUUGGAGGUGAAGCCCAUGUCCACCAUAUCUAGCAUUACUAUGUUGAACAAGUUCAAUGUCACGGAAGUCGGUGGUCUUCAGGAAAAGGUUGUUUCUUUGGAAAUGAAAGAGGGUCUGAUGUUACUGAAGGCCUCAUUGCAGUGCAAGAACGUGCUUACUAGUGUGUUUCUCUCAUAAGGGUGUAUUGACUAUUGACUGAAUAAAAUUUGGAACAUUGUUUGUUUUCAAAAUUGAGUGUGUUCGGUUUUAAAUUUUUAAUAAUGUCUCGUUUCUUUAUAUGUUAAUUAUGUCCUUGAGUCGUUUAUCUGAUGAAAUGUUAUGGUUGUUGGUUUCCGGUUA